AUGGCUUCUGCCGGUGGUCUGACACGCCGUCGCGGAGCUGCCCGUUCCAACACAGACGAUAUCAACGGCACCAAUGGCAGCAGUCGAGUCGCCUCCCCAUCCCCCUUAAAUGGCUCGGCUACCUUCGACAGCCGCACCCCGGAGACAUCGUUCACCUCCAGCGGCGAAAAUGGUGGGCACAAAAUCGCUUUCGAUCCGCGGGAUAUCAGCGAGAGUGAUGAAAGGAAUAAACAGCCGAAACUUACAUUGAUGGAAGAGGUGUUGUUGAUGGGGCUGAAGGAUAAGCAGGGAUAUCUCUCCUUCUGGAACGAGAACAUUUCAUACGCACUACGAGGAUGCAUCGUUAUCGAAUUGGCUUUCCGUGGCCGCAUCAGCAUGCAAAAGGAUUCAUCAAGACGACGCUUCCCCCUUGCCGACCGGGUAAUCGAAGUUAUCGACGACUCGCUAACUGGAGAAGUCUUGCUGGACGAGACGUUGAAGAUGAUGAAGUCAAGUGAGAAAAUGAGCGUCAGCUCCUGGAUCGAUCUACUAAGCGGUGAAACCUGGAACCUUAUGAAAAUCGGCUACCAACUGAAGCAAGUCAGAGAACGGCUGGCAAAAGGGCUGGUGGACAAGGGUAUCCUCCGAACCGAAAAACGUAACUUUCUCCUCUUCGACAUGGCCACCCAUCCUGUUGCAGAUACCGGCGCCAAGGACGAAAUCCACAAACGAGUCCGCAACAUCUGUAGCAGCCGUACCGUCAUUCUCACACCAAACCAGUUCUUCCCUGAAGAUAUUGAAUUCAGAUACCUGCGCACUAUCACAAUGGUUUGUGCUGCUUAUGCUGCUAACGUUCUUGAAAACGCGCUGGUGACCAUGGGCCACGAGGCGCGGGAGAGGGCUUUUGCACAGGUUGAUGAACUGCUCUCUGAAUAUUCACAAUGGCCGUUUGCGCGGCGGACAGGUGGUUCGCAAGGGAUUGGGGCAAAUUUGGCCCAAGAGGUCAAUGAGGAGGUGGAGAAGGCAAAGGAUAAGGAACUUCAACUAGAGGUGAUAGCAGCGUGUUUGAAUGUAUUUACUCGACUGGAUUCCCUUCUCUAA